AUGAAGUUGUACACCUCUUCCUUAUUGAUCCCUCAGGACACCAACGAUGAAGACGUGUCUCUGUUCGAUGCCGAGGAUGACGCAGGGAAAAGGUCGAAGAAGUCAGGCGUUAAGCAUCCGGUAGCGGCCUUCUUCCACCUCUUCUUCAGAGUCGUUGCCAUCAUCGUGUACCUGCUCGCUGAGUUCAUCGGCGGGAGCUUCAUCGCCUGCAUGGUCACAAUAAUCCUUCUGCUCUCAUGUGACUUCUGGACAGUAAAGAACAUCACUGGGAGGUUGAUGGUUGGUCUGCGGUGGUGGAAUCAGGUGGAUGACGAUGGACGAAGCCACUGGGUGUUUGAGUCGAGGAAGGGUACAGGGAAGCAGCAAGCAUCAGAUUCAGAGUCCAGAAUAUUCUGGCUCGGACUGAUUGUUUGCCCCGUCCUCUGGGUCAUCUUUGUCUUUAGCACCCUGUUUUCAUUCAGGAUUAAAUGGAUGCCCGUCGUGAUCAUGGGCGUCGUGCUGCAAGGCGCCAACCUGUACGGAUACGUGAGGUGCAAAGUGGGAGGGAAGACCAGCUUAAAGAACAUGGCUACCAAUUAUUUUGGACGACAGUUCCUCAAACAGACGCUGUCUAAGGAAGAGGAAUCGUAGAGUGCAGCUCUGCGGCGUUAACACAUCUGCAUUAUUCUCAAUGCUCUGAUAUAUAAACCUUCCUUUUCUCAGUGGACAUGGGCAGGAAAGCGUUCUCAGAACUGGAAAGGGCAGUUUUUAAUUAUGUGCUUUCUUUAAAUGACUCAGUAGAGUUGUCUUUAUCUUCCACACAGAGGUCAGAGGUGUGUUUUCACUACCUGAGGUCCAGCAAUAAAUCCUCUGAUUACCGAGAAGUGCAUGAGUGUAAAACAGCUGACGCGUCGGAGUGACUGUAGUUUGUGUCGUAGUCUCACAGCUCCUUCAGAUUUCU